CAGCGGCCGGCGGCGGACAGGCGCGAGCAGGCGAUCCUGCCGCUAGGACCCUUGGCCGUCUCCAGGGAGCCGGACCCCCGUGGCCCGCCUUUUCCCGCCGAGCUGCCCCAGCCAGAUGUGGGGAGAGGCCGCCCAGAGGAAUGCCCCCCGCCCGGCCUCCCCGCCCCCACCUGCUGCUGCUGCUGCUGCCCCCACUGCUCUCCCAGCCGCAGGCCCCCGCUGCGCAGGUGACCGACUUCCUGUUUGAGAAGUGGAAGCUCUACGAGGACCAGUGUCUGCACAACCUGAGCCUGCUGCCGCCGCCCACGGGCCUGGUAUGUAACAGAACCUUCGACAAGUAUUCCUGCUGGCCUGACACGCCGCCCAACACCACCGCCAACAUCUCCUGCCCCUGGUACCUGCCCUGGCACCACAAAGUGCAGCACCGCUUCGUCUUCAAGAGGUGCGGGCCCGACGGGCAGUGGGCACGUGGGCCCCGGGGGCAGCCGUGGCGCAAUGCCUCCCAGUGCCAGAUGGACGAGGAGGAGGUGCAGGUGCAGAGGGAGGAGGCCCGGAGACUCGCCGGCUUCCAGGCCAUGUACACGGUGGGCUACUCGCUCUCCCUGGCUGCCCUGCUCUUGGCUCUGCUCAUCCUGCUGGCCCUCAGCAAGCUGCACUGCACGCGGAACUCCAUCCACGCCAACCUCUUCCUGUCCUUCGUGCUCAGGGCCAGCUCCGUGCUGGUCAUCGACGCGCUCCUUGAGAGCCGCUACGGCCAGUCGGUGGGCGACGACCUGAGCAUGGGCGUGUGGCUGAGCGACGGGGCCGUGGUGGGCUGCCGCGUGGCCGCCGUCUUCAUGCACUACGGCGUGGUGUCCAGCUACUGUUGGCUGCUGGCCGAGGGCCUGCACCUGGACCGCCUCCUGCGGCUGGCCACUCCUGAGCGCGGCGCUCUGGCCCUCUACCUGGGCAUCGGCUGGGGUGCCCCCUUGCUCUUUGUUGUCCUCUGGGCCGUGGCCAAGUGCCACUUCGAGAACGUCCAGUGCUGGACCAGCAACGAGAACAUGGGCCUCUGGUGGAUCCUGCGCCUCCCCGUCUUCCUGGCCAUCCUGAUCAACUUCUUCAUCUUCCUCCGCAUCCUGCACACGCUCGUGGCCAAGCUCCGAGCCCGCCAGAUGCGCUCCAGCGACUAUAAGUGCCGGCUGGCCAAGUCCACCCUGACUCUCAUCCCCCUGCUGGGGGUCCACGAGGUGGUGUUCGCCCUGGUGACGGACGAGCACGCCCAGGGUGCCCUGCGCUCCGCCAAGCUCCUCUUCGACCUCUUCCUGAGCUCCUUCCAGGGCCUGCUGGUGGCUGUCCUCUACUGCUUUCUCAACAAGGAGGUGCAGGCAGAGCUGCGGCGUUGCUGGCGGCGCUGGCGGGAGCAGCUGCUGGCCGGCAGCCGCGAGGCGCCGCGCCCCCGUGAGAGCCUGCUGCUGGCGGGCGGCCGCGGCGGGGCCUGCCAGGACCACUCUGCAGAGACCUGCUUGGCCAGCAGCCGCUCAGGGCUGCCCGGGGCCCCCUCAGAAGUGCAGGGAGACCCCUAGGGCCGCCCAGGCUCCAGAGCCCCCUCCCUGUGGCCGUCCCGUCCCUGCCCCCGAGGUGGGCCCGGCUGUGGG